UCUACGACGUUAGGGUUCGUUCGUUCGUUCAGUUGGGUUAUUUUUCUAUUUUUUGUGUUUUGUCUCUGUCACCACCACCACCAUCAUCAUCAUCCACUUGUUCACCACCCCUGUGUCGUGUCCUGUGUCGUGUCGUGUCGUGUCGGUGUCGGUGUCCGUAUGUGGGAGUCGGUCGCCCGAUCAGCUAGGAGCCCUCGACGCCUGCUGCUGCGGUGAUGCCUCGCUGCCUGAUGGCCAAGAAGUGGAAGGCCUACCCGUGGCCCCCGAGCACGGACCACGUGGCCGACGACGAUGAGGAGGAGAUCGACGUGGUGGGCUCGUGGGGGCCGGCCAGCCCCACCGCCGCUGCCACCGCCCCCAGUCCACCGCCACCGCAUGCGGGGCAGGACGGCACGCGUCUUUCUCUUCUCUACAAUGGCUAUGUGCAAGACCUAUCGCACUACUCGGCCUUCCUGCCACGGGAGCCGGCCGCCACGCCGCCGUCCUACGCCACCCUCCAGCCGCCCCCAACAACCACCCCCAUCAACAGCUCGCCACCGCCUCCACCACCCACCCGUCACAAGUCCCUAGCCAUGUGCUUCACAAGCACGGGCGCCACUCUAUCGCUUCCACCCAAGAAGAAGGAUAUUUACAGACCAUACUCGUUGGACGACCGGCCUACGGUGACGUCACAACAGACCACUCCAACUGUACACUCCACCUCCUCCCUUCAAACUACCCCCACUUGGCGAGCAACCGCAGAAGAAGAUUUAAGUGCAGCCCAUGCAAUUCUUGACCUCAGUGCCUCGACUCCCGCGCCACCACUUUCGCAGGCACACUAUGACGUCAUCAACGCAGUGCCUCCCUCGGCGGGAAAAACCGUCGCCUACACCUAUGAGGCCUUCUUUGUCAGCGACGGACGCAGCAAAAAGCGGACCAGUGUGAAUACGGCCAUAGUCGACACGGUGGCUGUCAGCCUCAGCGACCAAGCCAAGCCUAAGUACACCUGUUCCGAGUGUGGCAAGCAGUAUGCUACAUCGUCCAACCUGUCUCGCCAUAAACAGACACAUCGCAGUUUGGACUCAGGCUCUGCCAAGAAGUGUACAACUUGUGGCAAAGCUUACGUGAGUAUGCCAGCACUGGCCAUGCAUCUGCUGACGCACAAGCUGACGCACGCCUGCAAUGUCUGCGGCAAGCUGUUCUCACGACCUUGGCUGCUUCAAGGUCACGUGCGGUCACACACUGGCGAAAAGCCCUACGGCUGUGCACACUGUGGCAAGGCUUUUGCUGACCGCAGCAAUCUGCGCGCGCACAUGCAAACGCACUCCACUGACAAGAACUUCGAGUGCGGUCGCUGUCACAAGACGUUUGCGCUCAAGUCCUACUUGAACAAGCACUUGGAGUCCGCCUGCCUUGCUGAUGCCGGGGAGCUGCUGCAGCCCUUGAGUCCCCACUCUCCUUACUCGACCACGUCGAGCGUCUAGCCUUCCUAGUCAGUCCUAGUCAGUAGAAAGCUCUAGUCGUUAAGUUUGUCAGCAAGUGCCCAUUCAGGAGCUGCCCAUUUGUCAUAGGAUUCUGUACUUCAGGUAACCGAUCAUCAGUAUUUCAGUGAUCAGUAAUUUUCCUAGUCGUUGUUACCAAAGAGGUUGUUACCACAGGUUUAUAAUUUUUCGUAAGUUUGGAUUCCAUCAAUCAAUCAUUCUGGUCAAGUAUUAUUGAGGAAUUACUUUCAAUUUUUGUAAGUUUGCUCCAACGUCAAUAAAGCUUCUGCUUCAAUGCAGCAGUCUAGUCAAUUAUACCAAAAAUAGUAAUUCAUUCAAGAGUAUCUUCAUUUUCAUUGGAAUUUAUCUUGAACUCAAUUAUCUCCCGUGCAAAAUAAGAUUAGUAGUGUUUAAAGUCACAUUUGAAAUAACUUGUUGGAAUAUCUAAUAAAUCAACUCUCAUGUGCUAUAUGUGUUAAAUGUCUGGUUUUGAUGACAAUUGUUGGCAGCUUCAUGAGUAUCACUUCUUUAUAAUUUUGUACAUUCCUUGAUGGUCGCUGUACUCCGUGAAGAGGCGACUCGGUUCUCGCAAUGAUCUCAUCAUACCUAGUUUGUACAGGUUGAUAUCUCUCUGAGUGACUUAUCUCAACUGUAUUUUUUAAGGUGUUAAACUUAUUCUAGUCAUGUAUUUUGUCAAUGCCCGUUGAUCAGACAUGAACGACCUCUGGAAAAACUAACAAAAGUGCACUUACCUUGUCCGGAAAUAGUCUAAUGAUAUAUCUUAUAGUAGAAUAUUGUUCUGAGACCAGCAACAAUAUUGAGUUAAUUUUUUGCUCCAAACUUUUCGGUAGUUGAGUUUCCCAGUGAAUCAUCACCAUUUUCACUAGUUUUAUGGAAUCCAAUUUCCAUCCCCAACAAGUUUUCAUCAUUAUUAGUGUCUAAGAAUUAGUGAUUCCUUACAAUCGAAUAAUUCCCAAAAAAUACUCCAUAUUCGCAUCAUGGAAAUUUAGAGUCAAGUGUUAUAUGCAGAUACAUUUUCUAUACUAUCACAAAAGUUCAAAAAGUUAUUGAUGUGUGAAAUAUAUUAUCAUCAAUGUUGUUAUUCAAACUUCUUUAAGAUUAAAUUUGAAUCAAGGUAAGUGUUCACUCAAGUGGAAUAAGGCUUCCAACCUUCUCAUUUCUCAUCUGUACUGUCAAUCGCUAGUGAUAACGUGCAAAAAAUUUAACUUCAACUGCCAGAGAGCUCUUCUCGAAACUUCGUGAAUGGUCUGUCACAUUGAAAAUAUUGAUAUUGAUGUUUUUCUAUUUAAAUAUUGAAAUUCAUAAUUUUUAGCAAAUUUCUCAUCCAAUAGAUCUUAUAAUGAGAUUGAUGUCACCAUUGAAUGGAGUUUCCAUGGAAAUCAUUUAUCUUGUUCGUUACUGAAUCUUCCAAGAAUGAAUAUUAUACAAUUUUGUACUUAUAAUAUUCAUAGCUAUGUAUUAUGAAAAGAAAUUUUCUAUCAUCCUCUUUCCAAUGAGACCAGAACUCUUCAAAAUCAAGCUUCCAAAAUUGUUCUUAUUGGUUCAGGUUUCUUGACAUGAUUGCCAGUGUGUGCUCGGCUAACAAUGUUCUCAAGAAUCGUUCAUAGAUUUGGCCCAAGUGCAGGAGAUAUCUCAAUCUUGAUCAAUAAGUGUUUUUUCUGCAAUACCUACAAAAAGCUGAUACCCACCAUAUUUAUUUCACCAGGUUUAUUUCACCAUAAAAGGUGAUACAGUCUUCCAUGAAUUAAUAAAUAUCUUUCAUGCAAUACUGACUGACAUGCCGAAACUCCUUUGAGAAGAGCUUUCUUCAAACAAUUAUUACGAAAAAGUCUGAUGACUGAACUCCAAGCUGUUCCUCAUUUCUACUUUUGUAUGAGAAGUUGAUUUUGAUAGUGCUUGAUAUAUUAUAUUUUUUGUAGCCGUGGGGUCCUGAGUGAGGUUUGAUACAUUAUCAAUGGGCUGUAUGUAAAAUAUAUGAUAUUUAUUGUAAUGAAACUAGCCUUAGUAGAGUCCAUAUAUUUGCACCGUCCAACCGCCACAAACAAAGCUGAAAUUCGAUGAGAAUUUAGUCAUAAGAAUAUUGUUGAGAAGCUAUAUUAAUAGUUUUAAUGAAACUGUAACAGCAAUUCGUAGUUUGUGAUCUAGUUUGUAAAUACAAUAAUAAUAUAGGAUAAAAAAACUUGAUUUCUGAUUUGUUCAAUGAUUUCAAUUUAAUAAUAGUUAUUGAGUUGCAUUAAAAGAGUUUAGUACGGUUUGGGUGUAGAUUUUUUUACUAUUCAAUAUACAAGUAGAGAUUAUACCAGUAAGAGAUAUAAAAUUAAUUGAGCUAGCUUGAAUGUAGUGAUAAUAAGAAAAAUACUUAAUUGGUAGGAUCAUUCCAAGGUUUGGAAAACAAAUUAGGAUGACAUGACACGUUUUGUAACUAUCAUGACUUAAAUUAUUAGUACUGUGGUAGUUCAUUAUUAAUAAUGCAGGAAUCUUGCAGUUUUUUAAUUGUUUUUUCUUCAUUUUCGAAUGCUUAUACCAAGAAAAUGCAUAGUAUACCAGUUGACACUGAUCUCAACAGCUUUUCAAGUUAUGUAAUGAAUAUAUAUAAUCUUUGUAUAGUGAUAUUUUACAUGAAAAAGUUUAACUGUUAAGAACAAUAUUUUAACUACCGAAUAUUAUUCAGGAAAUACUGUUGAAAGAUAUAAAUAUUAUGUAACUGAGACGAAUAACAAUUUUAUAUAUUUUUCGAAAAAGCUAUAGCACCAAUAUUUAUAAUAAAGCUUUUAAAAUGCGUAGAUUAGGGUAUUCAAUAUGAUAAUAAUAAUUAAUGAUUGAUUAUUCACAUUUUUCAUCAAAUUCAUUUCAAAACGAAUAUAAUGUUCACCUAUAUUAUAAGAGUAGUUGGUAAGCAUUAAUUUGAAUGACAUUCAAGUUAUUUUGAUACUAAAUUCGGACUUUUUUGUCUCAUCUUCAAUACCGGAGGAGACUGCUUUAAUGGGUUUCAUGAGCAACGAAAAUUUGCCUAGGGGAGUAGGAGUGUUGAAAAUAGUCGUGCCUAGAGAACAAAAUAGUGAGUAAGUUUUCAUAGUUUUAGUAUAAGAAAACCAUUGGAACCUAAGUAGUAAUCUAGUCACCAUUUACAUUGUUGUAGACUGUUGUAGUUCGACGAUUCAAAUUCAUAAUUCAGAAUUUUAUUAAACACAAAUUUGAUAGUACAUCUCAACAAAGACCUAUCAUCAAGUACCAUCUCAUCAUCUCAUCAAGUAGUCUACCUAUAUACAAUAUCCAGAAUCCAAUACAAAAAAUCCAGUGCAGAGUUUCUCAUAGAGUGAGAAAUCAUGUUCUUAUAUUCAAAAUUAUAUUCAAUUGCUAAAUUCUUCAUUGAAAAAAAAUGAUGAAUUUUUGAAAUCAUCACUGUUCACUGAAAAAGUUUGAAUCCCUCAAUUUCAUCAAAACAUUUUUCUCAUAUCAAUUCUAAAUAAACUUCUGUCAUUUUAAUCAAAUACGAGUACGUAAAAUUCGAGCACAGUAGUAACUGCACAUCUGCACAUUACUUAUAAUAUUUCUAUUGUCACUGACAUUGUUAUGUCAAGACAAUACGCACAUUAUACAGCUGAAAUGCCAAAGAUUAGAAUUAAUUACAUAGUUAUAGAGUGUCGUUUUUCAAAGAACACCUCUCAAUUCAGAAGAAAAUACUACUUGUAAAGAUUUAUCAUUGUUAGGCUUGAACACUAUUACAAGUAAGAUUUUGAACUUUUUCACUUUCUAUCAGAACAAAUAAAAUCAUGGAUAGAUGAGUUGAUCCAUACACAUUGGAAUAUUUGAAUUUUUCAUAACUUCCAUUUUUUAGAAUAGUUCGAUUUUCUCUCUCAUACUGUAUUUAUUUGUAAAUAGUUCUAAGAUUAGAAAAAUAGUAGCAAAUAUCUAAAAUCAUAACAUAGUUGUUCAAGGUAUGUUUGAAUUGUAAUAAAGAUGUGUUCAUAUAUGUAAUGAUGAAGAAAUUUUUAGAUGCAUGUUUGUUAAAUUUGUGAACAAUGUUGUGUUGAUUACUUCAGGAAAUAAGGGAGCGCCAGUGCAAUAAAUCGAAUGUAUUUUCAAAGAUGAAAAUAUUGUUGGAUUGUUAUUUUUGUAUGAUUACUUGGUUUAUGUGUCGUGUUUUUGGGUGUUAGGAUAUUUUUUUGACAUUUUUCUGAAUUGUGAUGCGUUCUCAGGUGUGAAAUAACAUUAUUAGAAUCAUGACAAUUUGUAUAAGACUUUUUAAAAGCAGUAUUUUUGUGAGUUUCCAUUAAUAGCAAAUAGAAUAGAAUCAGAAAGUUAUAAAAUUGGGAAUUAGAGUUCCAUGAUCAGGGAUUAGCUCUGAAUACUUCUAGAAUUUUCUUAUAGGUGGUUAAAAUUGAUAUCUAACCAUUCACUAUUCCAGUACCAACUCUUAUAUAUUUCAUUCUAUCUUCAUUUUUUCUUACUUCUCACUUACUUGAAGAGUUUAUCCCUGCCUAAUCUUCAUUCAAGAUCCUCUCAUUUCUAAGUUUCCCUUUCUCAAUUCCUUCAUAUUCACUUUUUUCCACUUUCAUCUAUUCCCUUCCUUCUUCUCCACUCCAUCUUUUAGUAAUUCUGUCACUUCUAGUAUUUAUUCUUCUGUAUUCUCAUCCUAUUUCGUCGUUACUUCUAUCUCUUCUACUUUUCUCACCUCUCUUUGUAUCUUGUCUCUCUUGAUAUCUUCCUUCAAUCCAAUCUAUGUCUUAUCUAAUCCAAUAUCUUUCUCCAUAUCUCCCUUUUUCUCUUUUUCUAAUAUCUCUAUCACUUUCUUCCUUCUGUACUCCACUUACUUGCCUUCCACCAGCUACUUAUAGCUGCUUCCCUUGUUCUUGAAGGAAGGGUACACACUAGAUAAUAUGAGCAGCUAGAACAAACAAAGCCUCACCCUCGAUUCGAGUAGGCCUAGGCCUAUACUCCAAUGCAGUCAGUCGUGCCACAAGCCUCGGCUUGUUCUUACUUUAUAGUUGUCCUCAACAAACCUCACUUCUCAUACAUACUCCCUCAUCUCUUCAACCUCUCAUCCAGUAUCCCCCACCCCUUAGCGUACAAUUUCUCUUCACAUAACCUCACAUCUACCAAGGGUAGAUCCCGUCCCAAGGGUAGCUUGAAAGAUGUUUGACUUUUUCGGCUAUAGAUUUCAGGUUGACUUGUAAAAACAAGAAUCGGUUUUGGGUAGAAUAAUACAUAACGAUGAAAGGAAUACUUAGGCUGAAACUUAACACCGUUAUUUAAUUUAUGUCUUCAUCCUACUGAGAAUGUUUUGGUCGAUUCAUAUCAAAGUCUUGAAAAACAUCUUCAAAAAUUUCAAAAAUAAAUUUUGAAUAAUCAAUGUUGGCUAUUCUAUCCAACAUUUUAAUGCAAUCGAAUCUAGGUUGAACUUAACAUGUUGAAUAAAUCUGUGGAUCAAUAUUUUCUGUUGAAAACAAGUAUAUCGCCCAGAAUUCCUUGAGAACAAGGUAAUUCAUUUAAUGAAGAUCAGCUCUACUCUAUAAGGCACUAUAAUGGUUGUCAUAUUAUGAGCAUCCCAUAAUAAUUUGAACAUUGUCUAGAGUUAACUGGAGAGACUCAAAUAGGUAAUUCAGCCAUACCUCUAGGUUGGAUAUGCUGCCAAUACAAUGAAAUGUACCUCAAAAAUUAUAAUUUCUAUCCAAUAUGAAUAAUAUUUUUUUGGUUCGCACGUAAUAAUUGGAAGUUCCAGAUUGUAUAGAGAAAGGUUCUGUUAACAUUUGCGUGGACGAGUACUUCCAUUCAAUAAUUUUCAUACAUUAUUUGAAAAGACAAACGUGUAACUGGUCUAGGUCUGAAUCAGGAUAUGAAGAAAUGUUUUUAAAUAUUUUUAAUCAAGCAAAGAAAAACCUAUAACAGCUAAAAGCAAUAGACGUAUUACGGAAGAAGCCUUAAACAACAAGCAAUCCAAUUAGAAACAAAGCAAUAUUGAUGUUCAUCAAAAUAUAAGAAAUAUUUUCCACAAUAUAAACUAUUAAGCUCUUUUGAAAUUUAAUAUGUUUGUGAAUCACUAAAUUGAAUUGGAUUUCUCAAGUGAUCAUAUACCGUAUUUGGUGUUUUCAUACUCCAAACCCGUGAUCAACUUUUGGAAAAUUUUAAAGCACCUGAGAAUCAGUCACAAUUCAUUCGAGUGAUAUCUAGUCAUUUGAUGAGAGUCAACUGUAGAAUAGGCGUUUUUAAUAUUAUAUAGAUAGUGUAGACUAGAUCUAGUCAUCGUUUAGUCAAGUUAAUAAGCUUAGAAAGUAUUAAUCAUUUUUUUGUUGCAAAUAUCACUUGCUUCCCAUUCUUAUAUUCCUCCACUGCCUAACUUUGAAUUGAUGAUUUUAUAUUAUAUUGUCUCACAGUUUGAUAGUUUGAUAUAUUUUUGUAGUAGCCAGUGAUGUGCAUUGUCAUCCCUUAAUAUUGAAAGUUGAAGUUCUUUGAUUUUUGCAAGAUUAAUCAAUUCUCAAUCGAAUAAUUUUUAACAUCUUUGUAUAUAUAUUCCUCACAAAAUCAAUUUGUUUAUUUUCAUUCUGACUUACUUCUGAUAAUUAUUAGAGCAGCAAUAUUUCAUUUCUAUUCUGGAAAGUUUUUGCACGUUUUCAGUCAUCACCCAUCCAUGUGCGUGUUUGUAAAUCACCUUGUGUAUGAAAAGCAAUUGUACAGUUUUUGUCAAUUCAUAUUUUGUGUAUAACAUUCAUAUGGCAAUACAGUGAGAUAUGCGAAGCUGGUUUGAGAGAGAGAUGUUGAUGAAAGUAGUUGAACAACGAUCAAGUAAAAUAAAUAUAUCAUAGAAUUGAAAUGAAGUUUUCAACUCAACCUAUAAAUUUUUGUUUGGUAGAGUCUCAAAGAUACGUUUCGUUUAUAUUUUAUUCAAUAUUUACGUAGUGAACUUUAUUCUUUCUGUGAUUCUUAGAAUACAAAUUUUCUUUAUACAAUCCGUUCAUAAAUAUAACUAACUAAUCGAACUGAUCAUUCAACGAAUAAUUGAUUAAUUAUUGAAUUAUAACUGACUUGAUUCUAUGACAAAAAUGUUGUUUUCAAUAAGUGUUUGGCAUUUGGGAUUUCAUUCAAGUCAUAGGUUUCCGUAAAGCGAUAAAUUCAUCUCAUUCAGGAGAUAGCCUUUUAUAAAAGCAAUAUUAUUCAUAAGAAAUCAUUGAGAGUCAUUUACAUAUAGAUGGUUGUUAUCUAUUAUUGAAAUAAUAUCGGGGGACCGAGCUUUGCUCUGGAGUGUGAAAGCAUAGAAAAUAUGUAACGAAAGAUCGAAUUUAUAGUUUAAAUUUUUUUUUUUCCCAGUCGUACAAUAUUAGUUCUACAGUUAUAUGAGGAGGCACAACAGGCUUACGCCCAAAACUGUCCCUUUUCAAAUUUAUACUACAGUCCAAAUCAAAAUCAAGGUUAAGCUACUAUCACUUAUCAAAAUAACAAUUUAUUCACAUUUCAAAAUACAAACACAUCAUCAAUUACAAAUAGAUAUACUAUGAAUUCGAUUUAGAAUGAUAUUCUAUGUUUGCUACAAUAUUUGUUAAUAUAUUAUGUAUCACUAACAGCAUCUAGUUACUAAUUUGGACUUUCUGCAGUAAACAUGUUUUCUAAAAAAAAGAGAAAUAAACGAAAAUAAGUUUCUUUUGCUGAAUUUUUCUUCUCGUGAGAUCAGCUGGAUGAUCCCACACACAUGCACUCGUUCACUCACUUCCACGGUAUCGACAGACGACAAAAUUUCCAGCUGUUUUUUCAAGGACGUAUUUAUCCUUUUAAUGUCCUUCAGCGAGUUAUCCCAGGGUUGAGACCUAGUGCAAUCGAAUCCUCAUAUCAUAAACCUACUUUGUUCCAAAUUCCGUGAGAAUCGUUAAAGCCGUUUUCGAGAUCCGGACACAUACAGAUAUAUAUAUAAACAUUAAAACAUCUAAACAUUUAGACAUAUAAACAGAGAUUGCUCGUUUAAUAGUAUAGGAUUACAUUCAAUCUACAGUUAAUAGUAUUUUUAAAUCGUCACCCUUGAUUGGCUCAGUAUAGUUGGAAAUUAAAAAAAAAAUGAGACACAGUUUGACGAAUUAUAUAUUCUAAAACCUAUCCAGAACAUGAAAUAAUGAAAAAGUACCUACCUAUUAUUUCUGCAUUGAUCUAAAAUCGAGUGCUGAUAAUUGGUCAACAAUAAUUGUUUUUUUUUUGGAGCAAUAUAUUUCCAAUAUUAAAUAUAUGAGAUGUAAUAUUGCGAUAAUCACAGUACAAAUUUAUGUGUGUAAAUUUUUAUAAUUCGGCCUUAGUAGUGUAAGUGUCACAAACAUCUCGAAUCAUCAUUUUCACCCAAGUAGACAACGAACAAUUAACAAAUGCUCAACAUAUCAACGAAUUUCGAUGUUAUUUUAAAUAACAGUUUCAUCGACUAAAUUAACAUCUUUCUCCUGAAUAAGCGUAGCAGUCUCACAAAUAUAGCCUAAGGUAUUCGAAAAGCAAUAAUAAUAUAGGUAAGGGUAAUAUU